AUGUCCCGCUCCGCUAUGAAGAACGGCCUGGAGGAGGAGGAGGAGGAGGAGGAGGAGGAGGAUCUGGACGACGAGGUGGACGCUUCUCACCUGAUGUUCAUGAAGGACCGGAGGAGAGCCAGGUCGCUGCCCGCGCUCCUGGUCGGCGUCUCCGGCGGUGACGGGAGGAAGAAGGUGAAGUUCGCCGACUCCAUGGGGCUGAACCUGGCCAGCGUCAAGCACUUCAGCUCGCUGGAGGACCCGCAGAUCCCGAGCAAAGUCCUGUCCCGGCACAAGAGCUUCCCCCCGCGGCAGCAGGACUUCCUGAACGACCUGUGCCAGAGCUUCAAGUCCAGCCUGGACACGGACCGGCUGGUCGCCUGCUUCCCGGAGCCCCGGGACGCGCAGCGGAGAGUCCAGCGGCUCCGCGUCUGCCUGGAGAAGGUCUCCAUCACCCAGUUCGACGUGCGGGGCCAGAUCCGGGUCUUGACCGGCUGCACCGAAAAAGAGGUCGGAUUGAGGUACACCUUCAACGACUGGCUCUCCUACGUGGACGCGCAGGCUCUGCCCGUGGCCACGGACCAUGGCACCGUGGGGGAGCGCUUCGGCUUCACCGUGUACACGCCGCCCUUCAUGGACCCCAGCUCGGCCGUGCACUUCGCCGUGUACGUGCGGAGCGAGGAGGGGGAGUUCUGGGACAACCACGAGGGGAGGAACUACACCCUCCAGUACCGCUGCAUGCCCGGCACCACGCCGUUCGUCAGCGCCGGGUUCCACGCCACCUGACCGCUGAAAACGUGCCUCAGUGUCAACAACCUGCUGGACGUGUUGGACCUCAUGACGUCACGUCUCUGUGGACCAGAACUAGGAUGUGGAACAUUUCUAUGUUGAGCUCAAUGAUUUAGGAUCAUGGACAGUAAAGUGUGUAAAGAAGAACUGAUCCGCUUUUAUAGCGAGAAAAUAAAUAGAAAUCAACGGCUGCCUGAAACUUUUGGAUGAAUAAAAA